AUGCAGCGGCGCAGACACGGGCUUCAGCACCCCUGGCGAGAGCGGGUAUUUCCUUGUAUACCGGUUUUCGAGCAGCGAGAAGAGGGCGAGGGUUUUGGCGGGGAGGAGGAAGAGCUGGGGGGUGUGGAUGGGGUGCUCGAGGAGCUGGGAGGGGAGACGCCGUAA